CUUCGCUCUCACCACAUCGUGCUUGUUUGUGUUUCCUUAUAGAAGAUUAAAAUCCGACUCACUCUGCUGUCCAGUAUGGCUUCAUCAGCUCCCCAGGUUCAAAUCUUGGACAAAUCGGACUAUACAAAGCAACAUCUAGUCACUCUCCACAAUGCGCACCCUCUGCCCAAUCUGACGGCCGGAGAUAUCCGUAUCCGCAGCCAGAUCAUCUGCAAUACGAUAAACAAUUUUACUUAUGCCCGAAUUGGCCAUCUCUUUGGCUGGUGGGAUGUUUGGGCUGCGGUUCCGUCGCUUCCUGCACCAUACAAUGAUGCUUCCAAGUAUGGUCGCGUAUCGUCUUGGGGAUAUUGUGAGGUGAUUGAGAGCCAAAAUGACAAAGUUCCUGUUGGCACCAAACUAUAUGGCUACCUUCCCAUUGGAGACUAUCCCGAGAUACUCCAGGUAACCGUUGAGGAUGAGACUGGUCACGUCCUUGAGACUAGUGAGCGAAGAGCUAGUCAAAUGCAUAUAUAUAACCGAUAUCUACCGUAUCCUCCAGAGACGGACUUGAUGGCAGACAAACAGUCUCGAGGUUGGGACUCGGUUAUGCGUAUCUUCUUUGAGACAAGCUACUUUCUAAACCGUUACGUCUUUGCCUGGGACUCAGCAAAGCGCACCCACCCGCUUGGUGUCUCGCUGCCCUGGAGCUUAGGUGAUGCUGAUCUUGCAAACGCCGUGGUGGUACUCCUUGGGGCAUCUGGGAAGACGGCGCUAUCGUUUGCAUAUCAACUGCGUCACUCCAGGCCCGCUGACCAUCAGCCUCGGAAGCUCGUGGCAGUUGGAUCGGCCAGAUCACGCAGCUUUACUGAGGCAACUGGUCUGUUUGAUGAUUUGCUCCUAUACACCGAAGUGUCUAGUGCUACGGAUACCAGCAUUGCAGCCCGGCUAGGCAUCGAUGACAGCACCAAGGUGCUGCUCGUCAAUUUUGGCGGGAGAGGCACAGUGGAUGAGGAGUUGCAUACCAUUCUUACGCGCUUGUCUAAAAGCGUUGUUGCUCUUAUCGUCGGUGGCGAUCCUCAGGGGAAAGGAUCCAAGCUGAAUGCCCUAACAGAAGUGCCUGGCAGUGGUGUUGUUCUAUGCAGUGCUUCUAGCUUACGGGAUUCUGCAAUGAGGAUUGAUGGAAAAGUGGCGUAUUUUGAGAAUCUCUCACAAGAAUGGGCGUUAUUCAAAGAGAACGGAGCUAUCAAUGGGCUGAAGCUGCAAUGGGGUAAAGGAAUGGAAGAGUAUGGGAAGGGUUGGGACUCGCUCUGCAGCGGAGGUAUCGACCCGACUCUUGGUCUUGUGUAUGAAGUGUAGUGUUGUCAUGGUUCUCACAUCUCUUAUGUUGAAUGCCAAGGUAGCCAAGUAUCAAACUACAUAGGUAUGCCUUUGAACCUCUCAUCUAUUCUCAUC